AGCUCUCUCUUCGGUGUCUCGGCCUUCAAGGAAAGAUACUACCAUGGCCCUCUCCACCACCGCCUUCGCUGCAAUCGCCAACUCUUCUGCUAAGUUCGUUAACAUUGAAUUUCAACAGGUUUGAAUUAGAAGACAACACAUUGUUUAUCAAGGGACAUGGGACCCCUUUGAUAUAUAUAUUUUUCCUAGAACUUCGAGGAUGGAAGGUCAAUUAGUUUGGUUUAAUUGUAUGUGUAGCUUUCAGCAUGAAAUGUCAGGUAAAGGCGCGAAGGGUUUGAUAAUGGGCAAAAGCCCAGCCAUCAACAAAGACAAAGACAAGGACAAGAAGAAACCUAUCUCUCGUUCUUCUCGAGCUGGCCUUCAGUUCCCAGUUGGUCGAAUUCACCGUCUUUUGAAGUCGAGGGUUUCAGCUAAUGGAAGAGUUGGUGCAACAGCUGCUGUGUACUCUGCCGCUAUCUUGGAGUAUCUGACUGCAGAAGUGUUGGAGCUGGCAGGUAAUGCAAGCAAAGAUUUAAAGGUGAAGCGUAUAACACCCAGACACUUGCAGCUUGCAAUUCGUGGUGACGAAGAACUAGACACCCUGAUCAAAGGAACAAUAGCCGGUGGCGGCGUGAUCCCUCACAUUCACAAGUCUCUCAUCAACAAGUCCACCAAGGACUAGUAUUCUUGUGCUUUCCAUGUAUUGUCAACUCCUCUUGGGAAAAUGGAACUCCUGUGUACAUUUUCAGAUACAUUUUAUUCAUUGAUAAUGUCCUUUGUGGGUUGGCAUACUGUUACUUCUAUUGGGAACAAUCAAAGAAUAUAUUUUUUUAUUUCUUUGGUAGUGGUUAGAGUUUAGAAAUUAGAGGUUCUUCGUUUGGUGUGUUAUGGUUAUUAAAUGAAAGUCUUUUGCACACUAUAUGAUUCAUAAUCA